AUGGCGAACUAUAUGAACUUAGACGAAUUGAGUGUGGAACAGCUUUUAGCCCUUAACAGUAUCAUAGACAGUGAUAGUGACGAUGAUAUGAGGGUAGAGGAAAUUAUAGCCGACAAAAACUAUAGGAUAGCACCUAGUGACAAGGGCAAAGACCCCUUCGAAGGAGAAAGAUAUUUUAUAGACGAAUUAGCGGACCGUUCAACUGACCCAAAGAAACCUAGACGUCUUCCUUUGAACUACAAGGGAAGAAGAGGAAUUAUGCCCACAUGGAAAUACUCCGAAAGACAGAAGGCAAAGGCCUUACUUGUAGAGGAGGCGUACCAGAGCCUACUUUCAAAGGGUGUCGAAGGAUUACCACCAACGAUGGGAGGUAGAUGGCGCACAGAUGAUCCUCAGGUGAACGAGGAAAUUAAGAGGAUCGAAAACGAGAGAAACCCUAAGGUCAAGCGUUCUAGAGGUAGACCACCAAAGGUAAGGUCAGGCACCGAAGUUAAGAUUCCCAAAAAGAGAGGUAGACCACCAAAGGUGAAGUCUGAUAAUGAAGUUAAGAUUCCUAAAAAGAGAGGUAGACCACUAAAGGCAAAGACUAAUGUUAAGGUAAAAAGGCAAACUGUAGCGGAAAGAUUCCUGAGUCAAAGGAAAAUAAAACUGUCAGUUCCUGCUGAUAGCAUUAUAACUCCAGCUGGUCCAGGAAAGUUUACAAUACAUGUGGAUCUUAAUAAGAGACCUGUAAGGAAAGCUCCUGAGGUACCUAAGGGUGCAACACCAUGGAGACCCGUACCUAAGCCCAGAACAGUGUUCCCUAGGGAAAAACCUGUACCUAAACCUAGAACUAAGCUUCUUAGGGAAAGACCUGUGCCGAAACCAAGAACUAGGAAACCAGUGUCUCCUCCUAAGUUACGUAAGCCUGUGAGGGUAACGAAAGAGGUUAAGGAGCAGCCUGUAGUAAUCACACCAGAGGAACACGAAAUAGACCCAUUCGGAACGUACCUUGAGAAACCAUUCCAUAGGAAAAUCGAAACUGCCGCAAAUGGGGCCGCUGUAACCUACUCAAUAACUCCUCACUUCAUGGACCCCCUAGACCAGAUGACAGCAAGUAGGCAGGUAGUGAGAGGAAUUCUAGUGAACGAGUUGAAGAGAAUGGGAGGUCUUAAGUACACAGAGACCAUUAAGGUGAGAAUGUCAAAAGAGAUCGGUAAUAGUAAAACAAAGAAGGAUUCGGUCUACUUCAAAUCAAAAACUGGCACCGUAACUAACUUCGAGGAUAUUGAACAUACAGCUGCUCAAAAUCAACUGACAAUCUUGUCUAGAAUUGAAACCUUCCAAAACUUAGGUUCAAAUUGGAUUAUACUCAAUAUUGAAAGCCACUAUGUUAAUAUUGUAAUGUACAAACCGCUGAAGGGUAGUUCGUAUAUAAAACUUCCUGCAGACAUUAGUAAUCCAAAGUGUGGUCUCAUCAAUAUGAAAAACGAUGACAACAGGUGUUUCGUGUGGAGUUAUGUAAGACACCUUAGACCAAAAGUUAGGAGAGCAACAACCAUUACGCGUAGAGAUUUGGAAUUCACAGAAAACCUAGACUACAAGGAUAUAGACUUCCCCGUGAAGAUAAGUGAUAUCGACAAAAUUGAGAGGAGGAAUAGUAUAAACAUAUCCGUGUUCGGUUACAGUGGUAAAAAGCAGUUCUACCCGAUAAGAAACUCCAAGGCUAAAUAUGACGAGCAUAUGGAACUUCUACUCCUGGGUGAUGGUGAAGGUAACAACCAUUACGUUCUCAUAAAGGAUAUUAACAGGAUGUUGCACAGCGUAAGUAAACACGAACAUAAACAACACUUCUGCUUACACUGUCUUCACAGCUGUGUGAGUGAAGAGGUACUGGAGAAGCAUAAGGAAACAUGUCUGGAGGUAAAUGGAACUCAGGCUGUAAAGCUUCCCAAGGAAGGGACAAAAAUCAAGUUCAAAAAUCACAGGAACUCAAUGCCCGUGCCGUUUGUGAUAUACGCUGAUUUUGAGUCCAUACUGGUUCCCGGGGAGAGAAAAGUGGAGUCGGAACACUCUGAGGACAAAAGUAGUACAGACCUUUACCAGACACACAAGGCUUGUAGUUUUGGUUUGAAAACAGUCUGCCACUACGAUGACAAGUACUCCGGUGAGUAUAAGAGUUACGUCGGAGAGGAUGCUGCAUUAGUCUUCCUAAAGACUGUAUUGAAAGAGUCCUUCAGAUGUAGAGAGAUGGUUAACAAUAUAUUCAAGAAAAAGAUGGUAAUUACACCUGAACAGGAAUUCGAAUUCCAGGCUGCAAAAAACUGCUCAAUAUGUGGUAACGAUCUUGGUGAGGACAGGGUAAGAGACCAUGAUCAUGUAACUGGACUAUAUCGUGGAGCUGCUCAUAAUAUAUGUAAUCUGAAAUGCAGAAUUACAUGGAAAGUACCUGUUGUCUUCCACAACCUGAGAGGUUACGAUAGUCAUCUGAUUAUGCAGGAAAUUGGUAAGUUCAAGAUGGACGUUAAUGUGAUUCCAAAUAAUAUGGAAAAAUACAUCUCAUUCUCACUGGGUAAAAAUCUUGUCUUCAUAGACUCUAUACAGUUCAUGGCUUCUUCACUCGAGGCCCUGGUAAGUAACCUUUCACCUGAGGAUUUUAAAAUAGUAGGUGAGAGGUGGAAGGGUGAGGACUUCAGUCUAGUAACACAAAAAGGAGUGUUUCCAUAUGAGUUCCUCGAUAAUAUUAGCAAACUUGAUACUGAAGGUCUUCCGAGUAAGGAUAAGUUCUACUCUUCACUGUAUGAGUCAGAGGUGAAGGAAGAAGAUUACCAGAGAGCUCAGAAAGUAUGGAAUCACUUCAAGAUGAAAACCAUGAGAGACUACCACGAUCUCUACUUGGAGACUGACGUUCUUCUGCUGGCUGAUGUGUUUGAGAACUUUAGGAGAACAUGUCUGGAAAGUUAUGAACUAGACCCUGCACAUUACAUGUCAGCACCUAGUCUGAGUUGGGACGCUUUCCUAAAAAAGUCAGGUGAAGAAAUAGAACUCGUAAGUGAUAUGGAUAUGUUUCAGUUCUUCGAGAAGG